AUAGAUUUGUUAAGGAUAAGGCAUGAUCAUAUACAUCUGCAAAAGUUAACAGUUAGUUUUAUAUUAUUAACAAAAAAAGUGCAUUUUAUUUGAAGAAAACCACUAAAAUACAAAAGAGUCAUUUUCACCCCUUUUAUCCUUCAUGCAUUUAUUCUUUUGGUUCUAUUCUAAACAGACACCCGCAUCUCUCUCUCUCUCUCUCUCUCUCGCUCGCUCUCUCUGCCCAUUGGCUGCUGGGGUCUAUGGUUCACAUGCAGCCCAUCAUUGGUUUUUAUGAGUCUCACCCCCUCCCACUCGCAGCCGUCCUCCUCUCGCCUGUGUUUAGCAGAUCCAUGUCCAUCAUCUACCUCUGGACGGUCAAGUUCGCUGGCACGUCACGUCCGCACUUGAACUUGCAGCAGCUCAGGGGGCUUCGCUUACUUUCCAUUCCUGUCUUGAGUUCUUCUCCAAGAAGCCAUGAAGCCCAAUGCAAGCGUCUUGUCACUACAUGCACGCCUUCUGUACUAUUCUCUAUAAUUCAUUUGGGAUACCAGAUGCAUCGCUGAAGAAGAUUUUUACUCUGGACUCUCUGAAGACUCUGGCUCUUCCCAAUGUGAGCCCAGCUGAGACCGUGUCCAACAUGUCUCGCCGCAAGCAGGGCAAACCCCAGCACUUAAGCAAACGGGAGUUUUCGCCCGAGCCUGUGACGGCAGGUAUCCCAGAGGACGGGGAAAGCCAUCCCGGAUCGGAACCAUCCACCCCUAAAGGGGAUCAGGACCUCCUCACCUGUGGUCAGUGCCACUCCAGGUUUCCUCUGGCUGACAUCCUGGUGUUCAUUGAGCACAAACGCAGGCAGUGUCAAGGCCGCCUAUGCAUGGACAAAGGUUCAGACAUGUCACCGUCGCCUCCACCCAAAGGCCUGCGGCGAGCCUGCUUCCCAGUGGAGGUGGCAGUUCAAGUUUCGCCCCAUGAAGAGGAGCAUUUAGCCUCCACGCCGCACGGAUUACGACCCAAGCAGGAGAAUUUAACAGAAAAAGAUGAGCCCAGCAGCUACACUUGCACAACUUGUAAGCAACCCUUCAGCACGGCUUGGUUUCUGCUGCAGCAUGCCCAAAAUACCCAUGGUUUCCGAAUAUACCUGGAGAGCGAACCUGGAAGCCCAUUAACUCCUCGGGUGGCCUCCGCUCCAGGCAUGGGCGGUGACUGUGCCUCGCAGCCACCGCUACAUGCAGCCCACCUGGCAGACAGUAGUCCCUAUAGCCUGAUGAGGAUAGCCAACAGAGAUGGGUCCUCUGUUCCUAGAGAAGGCCGAUAUCCCAGGACACCUCCACUCUUUAGUCCCCCACCACGGCAUCACAUGAGCCCAGACGAUCUGGCUUUGGCCCCCCACCACCCAAGCGCCUUUGACAGGGUUAUGCGUCUUAAUUCGGUACCCUUGGAUUCCCCAUCUAUGGACUUCUCGAGACGACUACGGGAACUAGCAGGCAACUCUGCUGGGUCCUCUCCGCCCAUGUCACCCAACAGGCCUAGCCCUAUGGAACGGCUACUGCAGCCAUUCCAACCAGGGGCAUCUCAUUCUCCUUCUGGAUCUCUCUCAACACCUACUCAACAAACUCCAACGGUGCCAGCAGUGAAGGCAAAGUCUUGCGAGUUUUGUGGAAAGUCCUUUAAAUUCCAGAGCAACUUAAUCGUCCACAGGCGUAGUCAUACCGGGGAGAAACCUUACAAGUGCCACCUCUGCAACCACGCCUGCACUCAGGCAAGCAAGCUGAAGCGUCACAUGAAGACUCAUCGGCACAAAUCCUCCUCUACUACCUCCAAAUCAGAUGAUGGCCUUUCAAAUGCCAGUUCACCUGAGCCAGGCACAAGUGAUUUGCUAAGCAGUGCCACCAAUGCUCUGAAAUCUGUGGUGGCAAAGUUUAAAAGUGAGAACAAUGGCGUCAUCCCAGAAAAUGGACAGGAGGAAGAUGAAGAAGAUGAGGAGGAGGAGGAGGAGGAUGAAGAGGAGGAAGGGGAGGAAGAGGAGGAAGAAGAAGAAGAAGAAGAAGAGGAGGGGGAGAAUGAGAGUGAGGUCGGCGAGAGGAAUGAUAUAAACUUUAGCCUGAUGCUAGAAGGUGCACGUCACCAUGAGAACAAUAGACAUCGACACAACAAAAGUGUCGAGGGUAUUCAGUAUCAUCCAGAUGCCCUAAAAAGAGGGGACCACAGAUCAGCUAGUGAGAAAGGUGGGGAAGAAUCCCCACAAGAGUCUGAUCAAGUCAACAAGGCAUACCUACCCAUUGUAAAUGGAACAGCCUCCUACCGAAACAAUGACCUUUCAAGGAAACUUCAUGCCAGAAGUCCAGAAUCCAACAGCCCUCUCUCCAAACGCAUCAAGGUGGAAAAGGACCUUGAUCUUCCAACUCCAACAAUCCCUAACUCAGAAAAUGUCUACUCACAGUGGCUGGCUGGAUACGCAGCAUCGCGCCAGCUCAAGGAUCCUAUUCUCAACUUUGGGGACUCAAGACAAUCACCUUUUGCCACGUCUUCAGAGCACUCCUCGGAGAAUGGAAGUCUCAGGUUCUCCACUCCCCCUGGGGAGCUAGAAGGAGGGACAGCCUCCGGGCGCAGUGGCACGGGAAGUAGGGCCAGUACACCCCACCUUCCCACUGGUCGACCCAGCUCCAAGGAUGGUCGACGUAGUGACACUUGUGAGUUUUGUGGCAAGGUCUUCAAAAACUGCAGCAACUUGACAGUGCAUCGGCGUAGCCACACAGGUGAGAGGCCAUACAAGUGUGAGCUUUGUAGCUACGCCUGUGCUCAGAGCAGCAAGCUAACACGCCAUAUGAAGACGCAUGGACAGACAGGCAAGGACGUUUACAAAUGUGAGAUAUGCCACAUGCCUUUUAGCGUCUACAGCACUCUGGAGAAGCACAUGAAAAAAUGGCACAACGAUCAGCCCUUAAGCAUUGAAAUUAAAAUGGAGUAAACUUUAUGAUGUCUUUCUCAGUCCUAGGAAAAAAAUAUUUAAAGCACAGCGUCAGUUAAUUAUGCUGGCCGAAAAUUUUCAAAAUGACGCAAGACUCUGAGCCUCUCUAAUGUGCAAUAACUAAAUGUUUUGUACUUCUUUUCUUACUGGUUGGCAUGUUUUCGUGUGUUAGCUUGAUUGAUAACCAUUAGCUGUGUUGCUGUUGUUACAGUCUUUUAUGAAACAGGACAUUUCAUGCUGCAAACAAUUAAUUUUAACAUAUCAUACCUAGUUGUAUUUUGUAAUUUAAACCCGUAAUCUUUUGACUACCUACAUUCACACUGGGGUUUACACUGUUCAUUAGGGGUAUAGACGAACUGUAGGGUUACCGACAAACGUUUAAAAGGUAACAUUUUACUAAAAUACUAAAAUUGUUAUUGUUGCUUGUGAAAAAGAGUGCCUUGGGUGUUUAAAGCAUCUGUGGUUUCUGCCGUUUGCCAUAAGCCUGGAGAUAUUAUUCAAUGCAAAAUUAGGUUCUUGCAUCAAGUACCUAUUGUGAAUUUGCUAAAUGCAGGAAUCCAGCAUAUGUUCUUAUGUAUAUCAUUUACUAGUAUAACAUGUUAUGUUUCUUUAAGUGUGAUUGUUUUGUUGGCAUAUUCAUGCCUUGGUGAGAUUCUACCUUGUGUUUUGGUAUCAAACGGACAGGUACAUUAGUAAGUU